AAAUGGCUGAAAAGUAUCUGGACCUCUUACCUGUAUCUGUACCAACGCGCACCACUGCACCUGUUCUGAAACAUGUUUUACGCGCGUAUGCAGAUGCUGUUGCGUGACUAAACACAGACACUUACAGAGACCAAGAGAGAGAGAUGACUGAGGGAUGAUCGAUAAACCCAGCCUACUCCUCUGAGAGCAGACAGAUGCUUCAGAAGAGCAACAACGAUGGAGUUGGCGCCUCUGCUGUGGAUGGUUUUAAUCGUAUCAGGAAGCUCAUCCCCAGUGCCUGAUCAGUAUAGUAAAGCUGUGGAUUGGCUGAGCAGGUAUGGCUACCUUCCUCCUCCUGACCCACGCACAAGUAAGCUGCAAACCAAGGAGGGAAUUGAGAAAGCCAUUCGUGUUAUGCAGAGAUUUGGUGGGAUCCAGGAAACCGGAGUGCUUGACAGCGAAACUCUCAAACUCAUGGUUAUGCCACGAUGCUCUCUCCCUGAUAUUGUUGGAAGUGAGGACAUGCUGAAAAGGAGGAGGAAGAAAAGAUAUGCUCUGACAGGCCUUAAGUGGGAUAAGACAGACCUCACAUGGAGUGUCCACAGCUAUCCAUCGCCUUCCAUCUCACCCACCAUGCCUGACCAUUUGGUGGACACCAUCCUGACUCACGCCUUCAAAGCCUGGAGUGACGCGGCCCCCUUGAGUUUCCGUCGGCUGCCGAGUAACAACAGGGGGGCUGCAGCUGGAGGGGACAUCAGAGUGUCUUUUUCCCGCUUGCUGCAUGACGAUGGGUACCCUUUUGACGGGCAGGGUGGCACCCUAGCCCACGCCUUUUUCCCUCUGUCGGGUGACACACACUUUGAUGAUGAUGAGAUAUGGAGCCAUGGAGGUAACAGCGGAAGCACAGACUUGUUCACAGUCGCAGUGCACGAGUUCGGCCAUGCGCUGGGCCUGGGCCAUUCUUCCUCUGACCCAUCCAUCAUGAGGCCGUACUACCAGGGUCCUGUGGAAGACAUUCUCCAAUUCAAGCUGGCCCAGGACGACAGACAGGCCAUCCAGCAGCUUUACGGUGCGAAGGACGGCGGGCCACCAGGUGGUGUUGACCCUGUCCUCCCACGCCUGCCGAGUCCACCUCCGCCAAGACCAACAAAGGAGUAUGACCCCUCAUUCCUCGAGCGCUGUCAGGGAGAUUUUGACGCAGUGGCCAAUAUCAGGGGAGAGGUCUUCUUUUUUAAAGGUGAUCACUUCUGGAGGAAACAGCAAGACAGGCCUUUGUUCUCCUGGUAUCCGGCUAAGAUCAAAAACUUCUGGAUCGGCCUUCCUCCAGGAACAAACAAGAUCGAUGCUGUGUAUGAGAGGAAGAGUGACAGUCAUAUCAUCUUCUUCAUCGGAUCUCAGUACUGGGUCUUCAAGGACACGGUGGCCAUGAACGGUUACCCACAGCCCCUGUCUGAAUGGGGAAUGAGGACAAAGAGUGGGGUACCAGUGAACAGGGUGGAUGGAGCCUUCAUCUCGGCCCAUAACGGCAAGACCUACCUGUUCAGCGGUGAUGAGUUUUGGAGGUUCGACGAGAGCCGUAAAAAUGAAAAGGUGACCCGACAGCUGGAGCCAGACUACCCGCAGAACAUCAGCCUCUGGGAAGGAGUGCCCUUCCCCAUAGAUGACGUCAUCAGCUGGGAAGGAGACACCUACUUCUUCAAGCACAAACAUCACUUGGAGAAGAACGGAGGACUGAACAUAUAUCAUGUUUCUCCUAAAUCUAUCGGUGAAGUCUGGCUCGAAUGUCCAGCUCCUCCAGUCAGUCCUGGAUCCCCAAAGGAUUGCAUCUGCGACAUAAAGGGAUCAUCUCCAUCUCCAUUAAGGAGCAGCUGGCUUGUCCUGAUCUCUUUUUUAUUGGUAAUCAAUCAGUUUAAUAGAAAAUAGAAACCUGAGUUUGAGAUUUGUCUGAUGUCUGUUCAAACCAAGAGGGUGUCUUUGUACUUGUGCUCUCAUUCCACUGGAGCAUAAUAAAGGUUCUUUACAUCUGCAUUUAUCACAACCCAAAAGCUGGCUUCACAUUACAUACUGGUGUUAUGAAAAGCCAGGGUUAAAUACUUCAUAUGUUACUGUAAAUAUGUUGCCUUAUCAGAACAUAUUACUCACUGUCUUCCCUUCACCCUGCUAGAGUUACAGCCCUCCUUUUUCUAGAGUAAGUAUUGGAUUACAGGCAGCCUGUAUAGGAGAAUGUAUGGAAAUUCAACACUGAAAUCCAGCACUCUGGCUACUCUCUCAUAAUGAAGCCUUAUACAACCACCUUACUGUAUGUUUGGACAGUAAGUAUCCCAACAAGCAACACAAACAUACUAAAGUGCAAUGGUCUGGCAAUGCCUUUAUCAAAGCUCAUUUCUUAGAAUUCAGAGAAGAUUUGUUUAUGUACAAAACAGACUAUUCUUAAAAAGUAAAUAAAAACUGUAGACUAACUCAGAAGGGCCAGGAGGUUUACUGUUGCCCCAUUUUUAUAUUUUUGAGUUUUAUGCUGGUUGUCUUAUGUGUAAAUACAUUUCAGAGGAAAUAAGGACAAUUUCAAAACAUGGACAUAGGAAUGAUCACAGUGUAAAAAUACCCUUUUGUUUAAUAAUGAAUGAAAAGUUCAUGCUUGACAAUAUUUUAUACAUUUGAGCUUUAUUUUCCAAAGUUAUAGUUCUUUUAUACCAACUUUUAAACAUGACCAUUUUAUUUUUUAUAUGAUUAUUCAAAUUUGCUGGGGGCACGUUUUUAACUAUUGGGUCCAUCUGUCCACUGUAAUGCUUUUGAAAUGGAGCUGCUUUUUAAGUGGAGCUAAGCUUUGCAGAUGUAAUGCAGUUCGGUGACGAUUCCUCCUGCAGAUCCGUCUGCAGGGCAACUCGACAUCGUCUCUAAAAUAACCUUUGUUACCCUACUUCACUGUUACAUCAAUCAUUCUUUGCUGUAAGUUAAUGGAGUUUAGGGAUUUUGAUUGGCAUGUCAUGUUUUUCUCAGGUCAGGCCAGAGGUAGUUAAGCAAGAAAUCAACAAAUAGAUCAAUUUCUAAGCAAAUGCUAGAAAAUAUCAUUAAAAUGUCACAAAUUAAAAUCUUCAUAUUAGUUUCUUUUUUGUGUUGUAUCUUUUGUUCUUGACUAACCUCUUUAGUUUAGAAAAUUAUCUCUUGAUCUCACCUCCUCCAGGCUGAAACUGUAUUCUUGCUAUGCACUUAUAUGAUGAAUACUUGUGGCUCACAUGAUAUGUGACGAGCACAUGCUUGUCAUUCUCCAGUAACGGUUCCCUAUGUCUCAGCCUGGACAACUGAUUUGUAUGUUAAUUAGGAACACCCCUCCUGGGCUUUGACAUGCUUUUCUCAGUGACAACAAGUCUUUUAUAUAGUGGAAGUAAAGCACAAUGAUAAGAAUGUCUGAU